UAUGUUUAUUUGUUAAAAAAAAGAACAAACAAAUAGAAGAGAAUAUAAAUAGAAAGUAAUUAAAAGAUAAUUUUGAGUUGAACAAAAGAAGAUUACGGUGAAAUAUAAUAAAUAGGAAAAUACACAAUAGAACUUGAAACAGUCUUAGUUCAGAUAAUUAACAAAGUACGCAAAUAAAAAUGAAAACACAAUUAUCUGAAUUAUUCAUUAUAAUGGUGUUAACUAUUUUGAUCUUAUCAUUGGUUAACGUAUAUAGUUUAUCUGAAGAACAAAAUCCUCAUAAACAGUUCUAUGAUCCACUUUAUGAAUACAGUGACUACAUCAAUCGGGAGAUAAUUCCAAACAAACGUUAUAUUAGAUUUGGAAAACGAGGAGCUGAUGAUGCUAUGAGUUACGGUGGUAUUCCAGCAUUAACACGGCAUAAAACCUACUCUAUAUAUGAUCUCUUAAAAGAAAGACAAUAGAAUUAAUGCGUUUUUGUUUCUUUUUUCUAUUAAAAGAAGAAAAGAGUUUUAUUAAGAAGACAAGACGAAAUCUGUGUCAAUAUUUCACUUUCUGAACUAAUUGUGACUUAUACUUUCCUAAUAAAAAAAAUACUACUGAACACCAUAUA